UGAUUGGACUUGUGAAGACGUGUACUUUCCGCUCCGAUUUAGCCGUCUAAAUAGUUCAUUUUCUUCAUUGUUAUCAUAAAAAUACCAUCAAUAUUGUGUUCGCAUUGAUUAGCGACAUUUGUUUUGGUGAUGGCGACGGUGGAGGAACUGAAGCUGCGCGUCAGAGAGUUGGAGAAUGAAUUGAUAAAGUGUAAGCAGAGGCAGUGUGCCGUGGAGGAUGCUCAAAACCAGGAUCAAUACAGACCGAAAAUUGACAAAAUGAGCGCCGAAGUUGUGGAUUCCAACCCGUACAGUCGUCUCAUGGCUUUAAAGAGAAUGGGCAUCGUGGAUGAUUAUGAGAGAAUCAGGACAUUCACAGUAGCUGUGGUUGGUGUCGGGGGAGUUGGCAGUGUGACGGCUGAAAUGCUCACUAGAUGUGGCAUUGGUAAGCUGCUCCUCUUCGACUACGAUAAAGUAGAGCUGGCCAAUAUGAACAGACUGUUCUUCCAGCCUCACCAGGCAGGCCUCAGUAAAGUGGAAGCUGCAGAACACACACUCAGAAACAUCAACCCAGAUGUGACAUUUGAGACCCACAACUACAACAUCACCACAAUGGACAAUUUUACACAUUUUAUGGAGCGAAUCAGUUAUGGAGGGUUGGAAGAGGGGAAGCCGGUGGAUUUGCUCCUGAGCUGUGUGGACAACUUUGAGGCGAGAAUGGCCAUCAAUACAGCCUGCAAUGAGCUAGGUCAGAUCUGGAUGGAGUCUGGUGUCAGUGAGAAUGCUGUAUCGGGACACAUCCAGCUCAUCAUCCCCGGAGAGACGGCGUGCUUUGCUUGUGCUCCCCCGCUGGUUGUGGCUGCUAACAUCGACGAGAAGACCCUAAAAAGAGAGGGUGUGUGUGCCGCCAGCUUACCAACAACAAUGGGCGUGGUCGCAGGCCUCCUGGUGCAAAACGUCCUCAAAUAUCUGUUAAAGUUUGGCACUGUCAGUUAUUAUCUUGGCUACAACGCCAUGCAGGACUUCUUCCCCAGCAUGGCCAUGAAAGCCAACCCCCAGUGUAACGACCGGCACUGCAGGAGGCAGCAGGAAGAGUACAAGAAGAAAGAAGCAGAGCGGCCAAAGGUUGAAGUCGUACAGAAAGAGGAGGAGGAGGUCGUCCAUGACGACAAUGAGUGGGGUAUUGAGCUGGUUUCAGAGGUGACUGAUGAGGAGUUACAGGCUGCAUCGGGCACUGUGCCUGACCUCCCAGAAGGCAUUACUGUGGCUUACACCAUUCCAGCUGGGGAUACAUUAAGUGGGGAGACGAUGGAGGACACUGAAGAGAGCUUAGAGGACUUGAUGGCUCAGAUGAGAAAGUUGUAGACAAAAAUGUGAAGAUGCAUCUCUGCUGUUCAGACGAGACAUGCCAUUUCUCACGUCUAUUCCAUCUCUCGCUUUGGUAACAAGCAUCCUCAUAAAAACGCCAAUUACCGUAAAGUAAACAAGAGGAAUUCUACUAACAUCUAAAGAACGGAAAUGCAUGAAAAGUGCUUCUAAUGACAUUUCACACAAAAAAAUGCAUAAGUAUUCAAACGUUUAAUUCUCUGACUUACUGGGAAUACGCUCAGCACUUGGAGAAGAAACCGUCUCUAAUGAAAUGUCUACGAACCUAAGAUAAUAUCACUGUUAGUGCAUUAACAUGUAUCGCAAUGUGUAUUUUCUACGGUUUUGAUCAGUAAAUGAGUGUCCCUGCCUUUUAAUGUAUACAUCCAUGACUCAGCUUUAAGGAAACAACUUCUGCAACAGAUUUAAACAAUCAAAUAAUGUUUAAUUUGUCACAAUAAAGUAUUUAUUAGAUCGCA